GAGGAAGCUUUGGACUCUCUCACUUUGUCCUCCUCACUCAUCCAGCAGCAGCAGCAGCAGCAAGGCGAGCUGUUCCGAGCCGGACCGGACCUGCAGGCGCGGCAGAGUUUAGUCGGCAAAGCGGUGCCGUGAGUCGGACUGGACGCUGACAAGUCAAAGUGGACCUUUUUUUAAUUUUUGAGAAUAUUCUCCUUCACCUUAUUUUUACUUUCAACGUCCUCUCGACUCCCUCCGGUACCGGCGCUCUAUCCUCCUUGGAUCAUGGUUCCGUCAGCGGUGUGACAUCGGAGACGGGCACCGAACCGAGCUGCUCACGACAGUGAAAAAAAGUGGACUCACAUCGCGGGAGGAAUAAUCUUUUGACCCGGUUGGAUUUGUUUGAAGGUUUUUACUUUUCAUCUUCUUGGAUUCUCCGGGGGGGUUUUCACCCUCCGAGGUCCGGGGCGGUUCUUGUUGGACGCCGAGGACCAGCGGAGCCUGUAGCCGGGCUGGAGCGCUCCGAGCUGGGCUGCUGCGCGGCUGUUAACCGGUCCAGAACGGUGCAGGCGGGCCAAGUCAUGGCAGCGCUGAGGCGGGAGUUUCUGCUCUACCUGGCGGCGUUCCUGCUGCCGUUGUGCGGCGCCACGCCCUCCGACAUCCUGUAUCGUGUUCCCGAGGAGCAGCCGCCCAACACGCUGAUAGGCAGCUUGGCGGCGGAUCAGGGCCUUCCUGACACGGGCCAUCUGUACAAGCUGGAGGUGGGCUCGCCCUACCUGAGAGUGGACGGCAAGACGGGAGACAUCUACACCACCGAGAUCCCCAUCGAUCGCGAGACCCUGAGGGACUGCCGAAACCUCUUUGAGGGGGACAAAUGCUAUCUGGAGUUUGAGGUGUCCAUCACAGACAUGGUGAAAGGCCUUGGUUCAGGGCCACGUCUCAUUGAAGGUCGCAUCGAGGUCAUGGACAUCAAUGACAACACGCCGCAGUUCUCUUCGCCCAUCCUCACCUUGUCCAUCCCUGAGAACACGCACAUCGGCGCCCUCUUCUCCAUCCCCAUGGCCACCGACAGGGACUCCGGCAACAAUGGCGUGGCCGAGUACUCGUUGAGCACGGGGCCGGACGCCGACCAGCUCUUCAGCCUGCAAGUCGCCGUGGACACGGAUGAGAAGCUUCCGCAGCUGGUCGUCAUGGGCAACCUGGACCGUGAGAAGAAGGACUCGUACGACCUCAACAUCCGCGUCGUGGACGGCGGACGGCCGGCAAGGGCGAGCAGCGCUCUGCUCAGGGUCAUUGUCACCGACCAGAACGACAACGCUCCUAAGUUUGAGAGGAGCCACUACGAUGCCGAACUACCCGAGAACAGCCCGCUGGGACACUCGGUGCUGCAGGUCCGGGCCAAUGACGCAGACACUGGCACCAACGGAGAGAUUGACUACAGCCUUCAUCAGAUGUCAGAGGCUGUCCAGAGGCUUCUACGCAUUGACCGGUCCACAGGAGUCAUUUAUGUAAAGGGCCUGGUGGACCGUGAGGAAGAGAACUUCCUUAAAUUUUUUGUUGUAGCCAAAGACCGCGGGCCGAACUCCAAGAGCUCCAAAGUGCUAGUGACCCUCACUGUCAGGGACCAGAACGACAACGCUCCCACCAUAGAGAUUCGCGGCAUCGGUCUGGUGACACACCAGCACGGCGUAGCCAACAUCUCUGAGGACAUGCCCGUGGGCACACCAGUCGCGCUGGUCCAGGUGUCUGACCGAGACGAAGGCGAAAAUGCGGUGGUGACUUGUGUGGUCGCGGGUGACGUUCCCUUUCAACUCCAACCUUUAAGUGAGUCGACAAAUGACAGAAAGAGGAAGUAUUUCCUGCAGACGACCACCCUGCUGGAUUAUGAGCGAGUAAAGGAUUACAGGAUUGAAAUAGUCGCAGUUGAUUCUGGUAACCCUGCUUUGUCCAGCACCAACUCCUUGAAAGUUCAGGUCACAGACAUGAAUGAUAACACACCCAGCUUUUCUCCAGCCAUGCUGGAAGUGGAUUUUGCAGAGGGGAACCAGCCCGGUGACAAGGUUCUGGAUGUGGUGGCGACUGAUGCUGACAGUGGCUCCAACGCCGAGCUGGUCUACAGCAUCAUUGAACGCUCUGCCUCUGGGCUCUUUGAGAUCGAUGCCGACACCGGAGAGGUUCGUGUGAAGAACCUGCUGGAUCGGGAAGAGACGGAACGUUACGAGUUCCGCGUGGCUGCGGCGGACAAGGGUGUUCCGAGCAAAACGGGCACAGCGAGUGUGGUGGUCAAUGUCCUGGACUGCAAUGACAACGACCCCAAGUUCAUGCUCAGUGGUUACAGCUUCUCUGUCAUCGAGAACAUGCCUCCGCUCAAUCCUGUCGGUGUGGUCACCGUUACCGACGUGGACAAGGGCGACAAUGCCCGAGUGAGGCUUUUCGUGGAGCCGGACAAUGGCAAGUUUGUCAUACAGAACGGCACGGGAAACAUCUUGUCCAGCAUCUCCUUCGACCGCGAGAAGGAAAGCACCUACACUUUCCGCCUAAAGGCAGUGGAUGCUGGUGAGCCCCCGCGAUCCUCCUAUGUGGGUGUGACCAUCAAUGUCCUGGACGAGAACGACAAUGCACCCUAUGUCACCAAACCUGCAAACUCCUCCUACACGUACCUGACCCCUGACACACCCCCAGACACGCGUGUAGAGGUGGUAGAGGCUGAGGACAUAGACUCUGGACCCAAUGCUGAGCUGGUUUACACAAUUACUGGGGGGAACCCGUAUGGAUUGUUCCACAUUUCGCCCACCACGGGGGAGAUCACCCUGGCACAGGCGUUCACUGGGGAGCACAAUGGACUUCACCGGCUGGUGGUGCAGGUAAAGGACAACGGCAAGCCACCUCGCCACACCACUGCACUGGUCCAUGUUUUUGUCAAUGACACCAAGGCCAAUGUGUCCCUCAUUGAGGUGCUUGUGGGACACAGCUUGUACACCCCUCUGGACAGAGACAUUGCUGGAGAUCCCAAUUAUGCCCUUGCCCAGCGCAGCAACAUCCUGUAUGGAAGCCUGGCGGGAAUAGCCGGAGUCAUUCUGGUCAUUGUAGCUGUGGUGGUCAUUCGACACCGGCUCCAGAAGGACACCAAGAGUGGCUACCAGGCGGGCAAGAAGGAGAGCAAAGACCUGUACGCCCCCAAGCAGGGACCCAAGAACUCCAAAGGUAAAAAGAGCAAGAAGAGUAAAGCUCCCAAACCUGCCAAGCCACUGGAGGAGGACGAGGAGGCCAGCCUCCAGAAAGGCCUCAAAUUCAACCUCAUCAACGACACGGUCAGUGACAGUCCCAGAAUACACUUGCCCCUCAACUAUCCCCCGGGAAGCCCUGACCUGGGCCGCCACUACCGCUCCAACUCCCCGUUGCCCUCCAUCCAGCUACAACCACAAUCCCCCUCUGCCUCCAAGAAGCACCAGGCGGUCCAGGACCUCCCCGCAACCAACACCUUCGUGGGAACUGGGGACAACAACUCGACAGGCUCGGACCAAUAUUCGGAUUACAGCUACAAGGCCAACCCUCCCAAAUACAGCAACAAACAGAUGCCACACCGCCGGGUGACCUUCUCCACAGCCAAUCAGGCGCAGGACCUGCAGGACUCGUCCCAGCACAGCUACUACGACAGCGGCCUGGAUGAGUCGGAGACGCCCAGCUCCAAGUCGUCAUCGGGGCCGCGGAUCGGGCCGCUGGCGCUGCCCGAAGACCACUACGAGCGGACCACGCCCGACGGCAGCAUCGGUGAGAUGGAGCACCCGGAGAACGGUGCAGCGCCGUCCAGCAGUCAGCCGGAGCGCCGGGCGGCCGGACUAAAACGCCUGCCUUAAGACAAAAACUAAAGACACAAAGAGCAUCAAAGCUUCUUCUUCUUCUUUUUCUUCUUUCUCACUUUGAAACUUUUGACAACAUGAAGUCGUCAAGCUUCCCCCCCCGUCUUUGCUGCAGUCGAGGAUGUUUCCCUCCUGGCUCCUCCGUGGUGGUUUUUGUUUCUUGGAAGAAGGAGAACAUGUUGAGAAGCAGGAGAAGGACGUGAAGGUUUGCUUCUUCUCCGUGCAUGGAUGGAAAGGAAGCUUCCCAUGGACUCGCUGGAUUAUCGUGGCUUUGCUCCUUCUUGCUUUUUCCUACUCCACGCUCACGUGAGGAGUUUUGAUUUGCGGGACACUGUUCCUCUCAAGGAGGAGACGGUGGGCGGUGUGAAGAAGUCUUUUAACCCACAAGAAGCCAGAAUGGUUCCUCUUGAAGCUAAAAGGAUGGAGUGCAUAGAGACCAAGUGACAUUUGUGAUGUUUUUGUCAUCCAUGUUGUAGACGUGUCACGUUAUGUUUAAAGUACGACACGUUUACGUGCUCCUCUUAGUGCCCGCUUAAGUCGACGUCGACUCACAUACAAGCCAAAGGGCUCAUUUCGAUGACUAAUGAAAUCAUUUUGUUAAAACGUUCCAGUUGCUAGCGUGCUAGCGUAGUUAGCACCGCCUCACACACACUCUGACGCUCUUUUAUAAACGUAUUCCCACCGUAACACGUCAGCUGCAGUGCCGUUCCAGCGGCACAUAUGUACCGCAUCUCCUGCUCACAAACAUCUGUCCAUCCUCGAGGUGCAUUCACUGACACCCCAAACUCCUCACAGCCUCUUUAUUAUGCGUGUGUGUGUGGUGUAAACAAACAGGAAGACAAAGAAAAACAAUAGGUGGGUAUUCUUAUCAGCAUUUAAGUGUGCUGGGAAAUCCCAGAAAGUAGAUCCAUCCAUCCAUCCAUCCAUCUUCUAUGCCGCUUCUCCUCAUUAGGGUCGCAGGGGUACGCUGGAGCCUAUCCCAGCUGACUUCAGGCGAGAGGCGCGGUAGUCUUAGUAAAUAGAUUUUCAGGCGCGUGCUUUUUCUUUGCAUUUGGAGCUGCUGAUACGUACGCAUCUAGAUAUGUAGGAGGGGUGCAAGGAUUUGUUUUAAUAACGAUUUGAUGUAUAUCACGAUUCGUGGUCGCCGAUACGAUUCAAGGACGAUAUUGGUUCAUUUAGAACAACACGAUUGAAAACGAUUCAGGAACUUUAAAUGGAUUCAGUAACUUUUUAGCCAAAAAUGCAAGCAGUGUGAGUGUGAAAUAAAUACCUGGAUGCUGGACAGUGCAGGUGACGUUUCCUAGGUUCCUUGGUUUUUGUAAGGGAAUCAGGUAGAAAUGAUUAAUAAUGCUGACAUACUUCAGAAUAAAUGAUCAAAAAAUGAGUUAAAAAUGCAAUAGAAAAACAGGAUGAAGAGAGGGUGGUAUAUCUUCCCACAAUGAAUCAUUUACUUGAAAUAGUGUUAAUAUUCCAAACCUGCAAAUGAAUGUGGUAUUGUAUCUUCAAUUAGGUGGUGACACUUUCUCACCUGCUCAAAGCAGCCAUGUGAAAGAACGGUGCAGCAACUAGCAAGUAAUGUGGCGUCCUCGUACCUUUUUGCCGCUGAUGGGUCCUCCGUCUUGAUGACGCGUUUAACUGAGACACUGGAGAAGAUACCGUGCUGUGGUGGGUUUAUGAUAAUACGUUUCGAUAACCAUAACACCAAACGAAUACUUGGCAUGUGAAGUGAUGGCAGAUGGCGUGCAGCAGUGUAAGGAAACGUGCUCAUGCAAAAGAAGAACACAAAAGAAACGCGUGUGUAAAUGUGCGACAAAACGGUCAACAAAGAUGACGGCUUCCCAGGCUUUCUUCUCUCCUCCUUCCUCCCCGGCACAAGCAAGUGCGCCAUUUAUUGCUUUCGCGUACGUAAGCGUACACACCUACCUGUGCCCACGUGACCACGCCCCUCUACACCCGUGCAGACUCAAUACAGUACAGUUUCAUUACAAGGAAAUGCACAAGCAAUGCUAGUUUUGCUUAUGUUGACCUGAGUCGAUGUCGACUUAAACGGGCUCCACCGUGCGUCACAUUGGGCGUUAACGUGCUCCUCAUCUUGGCGGUUUGUUUCUGCUUAAUACCACAAGAGUGACAUUUAUUGAGUGUCUUAUUAGCAUAGUUAUGACAAAUACGUUACUUUCCAUAGCAAUUUGAAGGCUAAAAGGCAGCUUGUGAUAUGUUGCUUGCUUGUUUUCUGUGAAUUCAUUGAAGAAAUAUAGUAAGAAGAGUUGAAUUGUAAUAUUUGACACCUUAUUAAUGCAUUACAAUUGUUACAUGGAUUUAAAAUGAGCUUUCAUGCCCCAAAUAAGCUUUUGGAAAUGAGCUAGCUUACCUGACACACUGCCAUUUUGGGGACACACCGUGGCUUCUUAUGGCUAAAAGCUAUCUAGUUUCUGUAGUUUGUUUUCUUUGAAUUGAUCGAAGAAAUAUACUAAGAAUGGUUGAAUUGUGAUAUGUGACAUCCUAUUAAAGCAUUACAAUUGUUACAUGGAUUUAAAAUGAGCUUUCAUGGCAUAAAAGAAGCUUUCGGAAAAGAGCUAGCUUACCUGUUGACACACUGCCAUUUUGGGGACACACCGUGGCAAGCUAGCUAGCUUCUGUAGCUUGUUUUCUGUGAAUUCAUUGAAGAAAUAUAGCAAGAAGAGGUGAAUUGUAAUAUUUGACAUCCUAUUAAAGCAUUACAAUUGUUACAUGGAUUUAAAGUGAGCUUUCAUGCUACAACUAAGCUGUUGGAAAUGAGCUAGCUUACCUGUUGACACACUGCCAUUUUGGGGACACACCAUAGCUUCUUAUGUCUAAAAGCUAGCUAGUUUCUGUAGCUUGUUUUCCAUGAAUUGAUUGAAGAAAUAUAGCAAGAAGGGUUGAACUGUAAUAUUUGACACACUAUUCAAGCAUCACGAUUGUUAAAAAGAGAUUUCAUGGUAAAAAAAAAAAAAAAAAGAAGAACGUUUUGGAAACGACACACUGCCAUUUGGGGAUAGCAUAUCCUGGGAUAGUCACAUGACUGUCACAUGACAAGCACUCCUAAAUGUUUCCUGCACAUCACUGAAGGACUUGAUGGCGUCAUAGAGCACAUUUGAACACACAUCGUGUCUUUUUCUGGCUUCUUGUGGCUUGAAAGAAGAAGAUUUGUAAGCAUGGCAGGACUAAAGACAUUUUUCACCUUAAGUGUCCAGCAGGCGAGUGCUGACUCGGACUUGGCGGCAUGUUAGUAAAGUGUUGAGUAAAGACAGAUACAGUUUGAAUGUGUGACCUUUAGCCUUCAUUGUUAGCUCUCUGUUGUUGUUGAAAUCUUUCAGGAAGUUUAUAGCGGUCGACGUUGUCGUCUCGUUUGAGGUCUCUGGUGUUUAUCGGCGGUUUGGUGUAAAAAUAUCCAACCUUCUCAUUUGGCCGGCUCAGUCUCAGCCUGUGGCUAGGCUAACGUCACUAGCAAGUAGCGACGUGGUAGAUGUGCAGUGUCUGUGCUAAGCUAACGUUGGUAACAUCGGUUCACUGCAUAAUAAGCGUUCUUUGACAUACCUUGUCACUCAAAAAUCACAUUUCAACAUAACUUACCAGCAGGUGGUCAAACUGUGCUCCCACUUCGCCAACUCCAUCCUCCAAUCAGCGACGACAUGUUAAUGACCUGUCAAUUAACGCUUAUUACCGCUCUGACGCAUGUUCAUAAACUGGAAGGUGUUACUAUGUAACGUAGAAUGUGUAGGAUCUAUCUAGCUAUUUAUCUAUCCUGAGUCCCGCCCACCGCUCAGCUGUCAAUGAAAGCUCCGGCUUCUCGUUAGGAUUAAUUAACCAAGGACUACCAGUUGAGCGGCGACGGGACGGCUGUAUGUAGUGUGUAACGCUGUUUCCGCUGAUGUGUGUGUGUGUUAUCAUUAUGGGAUGUCGCUGGCGUGCGAGCUGAGCCGCUCUUCUUCCUGUGAAUGUAUUUCUUUGUACGCGCACCUUUUUGACACAAUAAAGCAGCGCUGAGCUCGUCCGUCCCGUCACAUGACCUUUCACUCGCCAUCCAUCCACGUGCGACGCUGCGUGGACCUCAACCUACGCCACACACGCCUCCCAGCCCCUUCAAUUUCAUAUGUUUUAGGCAAUUUUACAGAUUUUUCUCAGAAAAAAGUUGGAAUUUUACAUUAAAAUAUUACGACGUUGCAACAAAAAAAAAUGAAAACGUUGUACAUUUACGACAAAUAAAUUGCAGAAAUGAUUGCAAUUUUGCAAGAUGAACGAAUAUUACCACAAUAAAAUCGCACUUCUACAAGGAAAAGUCAGUUUUAUGAGGAACUGCUGCAGUUGUAUGAGGAAAAAAUGACAUGAAAAUGUGACUUUUACAUAAAAUGAUGGCAAUUUGACCAGGUGAAUGUCAUAGUAUUAUCAAAAUAAAGCUCUGCUGUAAUAUUAGAAGGAAAAAGUACACAUUUGUAUGAGUAAAUACUGCAAUUUUAUAAAGAAAAAGCAGGAAUAUUAUCAAAAAUAGAUGUACAUAAAUUUUCAAUUUGUGUCAUUUUGAUGAGCAAAAAAUAUCAUGAAAAAUGUGAAUUUUACAAAGAAUGAUUGCAAUUUUACAAGAUGAAUUCCAUAAUAUCAUCAAAAUAAAGCUGUACCGUAAUAUUAUGAAAAAAUAUACGUGUUUUUAUGAGCAAAAACUGCAAUUUUGCAAAGGAAAAAGCAGUAAUAUUACCAAAUAAAUAAUUUUACAAGAAACGAUUGCAAUUUUGCAAGAUGAACAAGUUACUAGAGAAGAAAGUCUUAACAUUAUGAGAGAAAGUGGUCAUUUAAGGUUUGCAAAAGUAGAAGAAGAACGUAGAUAAGAUAAGAUAAGAUAAGAUAAGAUAAGAUAAGAUAAGAUAAGAUAAGAUAAGAUAAGAUACUGUAUGCCUUUCUUAGUCCCACAAAGGGGAAAUUCCAGGUUUACAGCAGCAAAAGCAGAAAAAGCACACAAGAGUGUAGACAACGUGUGUAGGCAAUAAAACUUUAUUACACGAUUUACUACUGUGUACAUGUUGAUCAAGUCGCAGGUUUAUUGCACGGUUUAUUGCACGGUUAUUGUACAAGAUUUUUGGAGCAGUUUAUAUGAUGGAGUUUGACAGCUUUUUUUUUUUUCACAAGUAGGAGAAAAAAAGAGCGCUUGAUUUGCUUACCUGCACAGUAGAGGGGUAAUGUUGACUUAUGGGAGCCUUUUUUUAAAUGAUUGGUUAUCAGAGCUACAGUAUUUUUAAUGUUAUCGGAUUUAUCGGAUGCUAGGAACUGUCUUGGUUGACACGUCUCUUCAACAUUGCGUGGAAGUCGGGAACAGUACCUCUGGAUUGGCAGACCGGGGUGGUGGUUCCCCUUUUCAAGAAGGGUGACCGGAGGGUGUGUUCCAACUUUCGUCCCGGUCGUGGAACACUGGACCAGCUCUACACCCUUGCAAGGGUACUGGCGGUUACGUGGGAGUUUGCCCAGUUGGUCUACAUGUGCUUUGUAGACUUGGAAAAGGCAUUGGACCCUGGACACCUUGUGGGGUGCUUCGGGAGUACGGGAUUGGUGGCGCUACUACGUGCCAUUGGGUCCUAACCCUAACCCUAACCCUAACCGGAGCAGGAGCCUGGUUGGCAUUGCCAGCAGUACGUCCAUGCGUCCUGAUGGCCUCACCGGGCUGUGACCUUCAGUGUUUACUGGGGUGGUUUGCAGCUGAGUGUGAAGCUUCUGGGAUGAGACUCAGCACCUCCAAAUCCGAGGCCAUGGUUCUCUGUGGGAAAAGGGUGGAUUGCUCCCUCCGGGUUGGGAAUGAGGUGCUGCCCCAGGUGGAGGAGUUCAAGUAUCUCUGGUUCUUCUUCAAGCAGUGAGGGAGCGUGAGGUGGACAGGCAGAUUGGUGCAGCGUCUGCAGUAACGCGGUCGCUGUACCGGACUGUUGUGCUGAAGAGAGACCUGAGCCGGAAGGCAAAGCUCUCAAUUUACCCCCCCAUCUAUGUUUCCACCCUCACCUAUGGUCAUGAGCUUUGGGUCUUGACCGUAAGAAGGAGAUGGAGAUACAAGCAGAUGAAAUGAGUUCCCUCCGUAGGGUGGCUGGACUAAGAGAGAGGGUGAGGAGCUCAAAGUAGAGCCACCGCUUCUGCACAUGGAGAGCAGCCAGUUGAGGUGGCUCGGGCAUCUAGUCUGGAUGCCACCCUGGUGAGGUGUUUGGGUAUGUGCAGCCGAGGGAAGGCCCCGGGGCAGACCCAGGACGCGCUGGAGGGACUAUGUCUCACAGCUGGCCUGGGAACGCCUUGUUGUCCUCCUGGUGGAGCUGGAGGAGGUGGUCGGGGACCGGGAAGACUGGACUUCUGAGACCCAAACCUGGAUAAACUGAAGAAAAUGGAAUGAAUGUAUGGAUGGAUUUAUUGGUAUGACGUCAUAAAUUUCUCAUGUCGGCCAGAUAAUUAUCGUGCACCCCUAAUUUUUAUGUUUUGUUUUUGAAAAAGUCAUUCAAGUUGUUUACACACAAAGCCAAGCAUGUUGUUUCCUCACCGUAGCCAAAAUGAACCCAGACGUCACCUUCAAAGCGAGGUAGGUGAUGAUAUAUGAUGUUACGUUAUGAUGCUUGUUCUCUGUACCUCAGUAGGUUAUACGUUACCUCUACUACACACAAACACCAAUCACCAUCUUGGUGACUUGAGACUGGUUAGCAUAAUGUUCUAUUUUCUCUUGUUUGCUUGAAGGUCUUUUCCUGGAUCAUGAACUAAUGUGUGUGUGUGCAUGUGUGUGUGCGUGUGUGUGUGUGCGUGUGUGUGUGUGUGUGUGUGCGUGUGUGUGUGCGUGCGUGUGUGUGUGUGCGUGCGUGUGUGUGAGCGAUUUUUGAGGGCAGCCCAGGUUUCCGUCAUAUUUUGUUCUCUUUCUUUAUCGUUUUUUGGCAAAUAGUGAGCCUAACAUGUUGUGUGUGUGUGUGUGUUGCUACUUAGUGCUGCUGUUAUAUUUUAAUUAAAGUUGAACAGCGGGCUUAAUUACUGCCAUGAUAAACAACAUCUCUCUCUCUCGCUCUCCCUUUCGCUGGUUUGUCUUCAAAGCAGCGACAAAGCUCGACCAGAUGCACGCACAUGCUCACGCACGUGCACACACACUCACAUGCACAUGAGGUCUCGGUGGUGCAGCACAAGUGUGUUUAUGGCUGUUAAUGAAAACUGAGGCCACCGUCCCAGAAUCCCAACACUAAUCACCAUCCUACUCUCUGGACACGAGACCACCGCACACCAACACCUCUCCGUGCGUGUGUGUGCAUAGCUGCAGCCAUCCAUCUUGUCACACGAGUGUGUGUGUCUGUGUGCGUGUGCGUGUAGCAGAAGCGUAGAGAAGCAAGUGGACUUUUAAGUAGGCGGCUGCUGAUGUUCCAUCUUCUCAUGUGCAAUAGGGAUGUAAAUCUUUUCGUGAUAAUGAUUCACUCUUCACUCACACACUUUAGGUACACAGGUUACGAUACAAUUCAAAAACAAUAGAUUUACAAAAACACCACGAUUCUAUACAAUUCGAUAUGUGAAAUGUGUUGAAAAUGUUUUGCAGUGAUUAGCUAGGCGGUGACUAGUAAAUAAGUAGUAACUCUAACCUUAACCCUUGCUUCUCUUUCAAUAGGGUUAGGGUUAGGGUUAGGGUUAGGGUUAGGGUUAGG